UUAUUUAUAUGCUGAAUUUAGAUUCAUUUGUGAAACAAGUACACUAGUAGCUUUCUCAUGAUAUGGCAAACAGAGUGUACUCUCUCACUGCUUGCUCGCCAUUAUCGGACCCUUUUCAGAACUUGCGCUAGAUGUUCAGCUUUGGACGUUGGUAAGAAGCUUCAUGCUUCCAUCGUCACCACAGGUCUUGUAACUUGUCAAAAUACAUUUCUCCGUAAUGCUAUUCUCAACGUGUAUGCAGCGUGUGGGUCUGUUCUCUAUGCACGUAAGGUGUUUGAUGAAAUUCCUCUUUCAUACAAAGACACUGUCGACUGGACAACAUUAAUGGGGUGCUAUGCUCGCGGGGGAUUCCCUCUUGAUGGCCUCAACUUGUUUGUUCAUAUGAGGAAGAGUGAUGUUUUGAUUGAUGAGUAUACUAUGGUGGUUGUAUUCCUUGCAAGCGCCAAAAUGGGGUGUGAACAGUUUGGCAUUCAGGGACAUGGUUGUAUGGUAAAAAUGGGUUUUAGUUCGAGUAUUAAAGCGUGUAAUGCUGUAAUGGAUAUGUAUGUGAAGUGUGGGUUAAUUGAUAAAACAAGAAGGAUUUUUAGUGAGAUGGGAGAAAAGAGUGUUGUUUCUUGGACUGUGGUUUUGGGGGGAGUGGUGAAGUGGGAAGGUUUUGAAAAUGCAAGGUUGUUGUUCGAUAAGAUGCCUGAGAGGAAUGAAGUAGCUUGGACAGUAAUGAUUGCAGCGUAUAUUGAGAAUGGUUUAACGAAGGAAGCUUUUGGGCUUCUACGUGAAAUGUUGUUUGAAUCUGGAUUUGAGUUGAAUUUUGUAACAUUGAGUUCAUUAUUAUCAGCUUGUGCACAGUCGGGGAAUGUUUUGGUGGGUAAAUGGGUACACGUGUAUGCUUUGAAGAUGAUAGAACAUGAAAUAGAUAUAGUUGUGGCAACAACCUUGAUUAAUAUGUAUGCUAAGUGUGGCAGGAUUGAUGAUGCUUUUCGAGUUUUCCUUGUGAUGCCUCGAAGGAAUGUGAUUACAUGGAAUGCUAUGCUUAGUGGACUGGCAAUGCAGGGAAAGGGAGAUAUGGUGUUGGAUUUGUUUGGUCAGAUGAUUAGAGAGGUCAAACCGGAUGAUGUAACAUUUACAGCUAUAUUAAGUGCUUGUAGUCACUCAGGUUUGGUUGAUCAAGGUCGACAUCUUUUCUAUAGCCUUGAAUCGACGUAUGGAAUAAAGCCUUCUAUAGAGCACUAUUCUUGUGUUGUGGAUCUUUUGGGUCGGGCAGGACACCUUGAAGAAGCAGAAUCCAUAAUAAGGAGAAUGACGAUUCCCCCCAAUGAAGUUGUGUUGGGAUCACUAUUAGGCUCCUGCAGUUUCCAUAAGAACCUCGAGCUGGGGGAGUGCCUAAUUAAAGAGCUGGUCCAAAUGUAUCCUAAUAAUACCGAGUAUCAUGUUUUGCUUUCAAAUAUGUACUCUUUAGCUGGAAGAAAUGACAAGGCAAAUUCUAUUCGAGUAGUUCUCAGAAGCAGAGGUGUCAGAAAAGUUCCUGGCAUUAGUUCUAUUUAUGUUGGUGGUCAAAUCCAUUGCUUCAGUGCAGGGGAUAAAUUGCAUCCGCAAAGUGAAGAGAUAUAUAUGAUGUUGGAUGAGAUGAUUCGAAAAAUAAGAUUGGCUGGUUAUGCACCAGACACAACCUGCGAAAAGUUUUCAGGAUCUAAUGAUGGAGAUUAUUAUGGUUACGACCAGGAGGAAAAGGAACAGGCUUUGUUCUCUCACAGCGAGAAGCUGGCUGUUUGUUUUGGACUCAUAAGUACACAAGCUGGCAUGCCUCUUUACAUUUUCAAGAAUUUAAGGAUAUGCCAAGAUUGUCAUUCAGCCAUGAAGGUUGUUUCCAAAGUUUACAAUAGAGAAAUUGUAAUUAGAGAUCGUAAUCGCUUUCACCGUUUCAAGCUGGGUUCAUGCUCUUGUUUUGACUAUUGGUGACAAAACCCAAAGUGCUACAUGAAAGCCUAAAACCUAUGAAUAGUUUGUUAAUUCAAAAUCAUGUAUGAAAAUUCUAGUUGUGGUUGAUUGGGCCCUUUGAGGGACUUUUGAGUGAGGUGUAGAAUGGGAAAUUCUGAGAGAGGAAUUAUAGGAUAGAUAAACAUAUUCCUCCAGUGGGAAAUGAA